AUGUUUUUUUAUGCUUCUUGUUUAUUUUUAUUCCACCUCGCCUCCUCGAGUUGCCGUCUAGUUCCCCUCGGGUCUCCUCCGCUCCCGGGGAUCCUCGCCGUCUCCCACCAAAUCGCCUCGCCUCUCCUCUCCUCUCCUCCAGAUCUCCGCCCGGCGACGCGGAGGCCCCAGUCCGGCGCCAUUCGGCCGGAGCCACCCCGCUCCGGGCUCAGUCUGCCGGCGGUGAUGCCGCGGACAGCGGCGCUCCUCCUCCUGCUCGCCUUCUCGGCCGCCGCCGUCGCAGCAGCAGCCGAGGAUAGUACCGCUGGUAUCCUACCAGCAGGAGGAAACAAUGGUACCGGUAUAGAGGAUCCAGGUGUUGGGAGGACAGGGCAGAAUGGCGAGGCAGAUCCUACCACGCAACAGAAAGUACAUGAGGAGGGGGAGCUCAAGAAAUUCAUUACCGAGAACACUAACACGGAUAAUUCCAUGGAAGGAACCAGCACCGGGAAAGAUGAGCCAGUACAGAAACCAAAUGACAAAGAUGGCAACGCAACAUCCUCGACGGACUUCUUGCAGGAUCCACUGGUCGGAGAAUGUGAUCCAUCCCAUAGAUGUCUCAUUGAAAAACAGAGGUUCAUCGCUUGCUUGAAAGUUUCCGGAGAUUCGUCAGCUCUAUCCCUUUUGAUGGACAACAAAGGCACAAACCCACUUGAUGUUAGCAUAACGGCUCCAGAUUAUGUCAUCUUAGCAGAAGAUACAGUUCAUGUUGAAGCAAACGGUCACAAUGAGACGCAGGUGAGUGUUUCUGUCAGCGAUACCGUGAAUGACAUGGCGAUAGUUCUCAAAGUCGCAGAAGAAACCUGUAAAAUCAAUCUUGAGACCGCAGUCACAAGGAACACAGGCCGAGUGAUACCAAUGCGGCUUACUCCGACCUACAUGCUGGUGCCCGUAUUUGUUCUCCUUGGGCUGGCGGGACUAUGUGUCAAACUCCGUAGGGCGCGGAAGCAAGAUGGUGGGCCAGCAUACCAGAAACUCGACGCACCAGAGCUACCGGUCUCCAUUGGAGGGAAGAAAGAAGCUGAUCAGCCUGACCAGUGGGAUGACAACUGGGGAGAUGACUGGGACGACGAGGAGGCGCCGUCAACACCGUCGAACUCCAUGCCCAACCUGUCGUCGAAAGGUCUGGCUUCGAGGAGGUCGACCAAGGAUGGCUGGAAAGAUUAG